GAAGAAGAAGAAGAAGAAGAAGAAGAAGAAGAAGAAGAAGAAGAAGAAGAAGAAGAAGAAGAACUCAGUGCAAACCAAUAAUUUAUAACAUCCUGGAAUGUAAUUCUAUCUAUUGGCCAUUGAGAGUUCACCCCCUAGUAGGAGCAGUCUUCCACAGGAAUGAAUGGAAUUCUACAGUAUUUCAAUUAAUUGUUUCAAGGACAAAAUUACAUGUAUUUAAGUACUUAUUUUGUAAUGUUGGGGACAGUAACAUUAGCUAUCUCUAAAAAGUAUACUUGUUUUACUUCUAAUGUUUAUAUAUUUUUUGUCGUGUUUUAUUUGUAUGUUUAGCUCACAUAAUAGUAAUGUAAACGUAUGUAUUAAGCUGUAUGUAAUAUAAUGAAUGUGGCAAAAAACGAAUGUAGACAUUAAUACAUGCAUAUCUAUAGCUUCCUAAAUGUUUUACAACGUUGGGGGAGUGCCAAGAUGGAGGCACGGUGGCUUCAACACAGCGCCCCCUAAAAGUCAUCUAGUUGUAUACAUAAAUUAUUGGUGCAAACUCAUCCCAAACCCAGCGCGUGCAGUCACAUGAGAACGCGCCAUGGCUUCAGUUACCUCAACCAGUCGCUCAACUCGCUCCUCCCGACGAAGCGGCCCCGGCCCGUCCAGCACCAGCCCAACCCGGCUCUCCCGAAGCCAGGAGAAAGAGGAGCUUAGCCACCUGAACGACCGCCUGGCCGCCUACAUAGAGCGGGUCCGCCAGCUGGAGAAUGACAAGUCCUCAAUGCUGCUUCUCCUGGAGGAGAAAGAGGAGUCCACGACCCGGGAGACGGCCAACGUUCGGCGGCUGUACGAGACCGAGUUGGCCGACGCGAGGAAGAGCUUGGACGUGCUGGCUAACGACAGGGCCCGGCUGCAGAUAGAGAUGGGUCAUCUUUCUGAAGAGCAUAGCAACCUACAAGCCAGGAACCAGAAGAAGGAAGCAGAGUGUAACAUGGCCAUGGGUCAGUGGAGGAACUUGGAGGCGGUCCUCAACUCUAAAGACGCAGAGCUGGCCAAUCAACUGGCAGAUAACAGAAGACAGGCGGAUGAUGUAACUGACCUACAGGCCCAGGUGGCCAAUUUGGAGUGUGGGCUGGCGGAGACUAAGACCCAGCUGAACUCUGAGAUGUUGAGGAGGGUGGACCUGGAGAACCAGGUGCAGACGCUACGGGAACAGCUGGAGUUCCAGAGACACAUUGACGAACAGGAGGUCAGGGAGAUCCGGAGCAGACAUGAGAGUCGCCUGGUGGAGGUGGAUUCUGGGAGACAGAAAGAAUUUGAGAGUAAGUUGGCCGAGGCCAUGCAGCAGCUACGGCAGGAGCACGACGGACAAAUCCAGCAGUAUAAAGAGGAUCUGGAGAAGAAUUUCAAUGCCAAGCUGGAUAACGCCCAUCAGACGGCGCUGAAGAGUAGUGACUUUGCCUCGUCCACCAGAGAGGAGCUGUCUGCCACCAAGCUCCGCAUCGAGACCCUCUCCUCACAACUCAAUCACUUCCAAAAACAGAACGGGGCCUUAGAGGGGCGUGUGCGGGAGCUGGAGCGGACCCUGGACCGGGAGCGUGAGGUGUGGCAGCAGCGACUGAGCCACAAGGACGAGGAGAUGUCGGCCAUGCGGGCCCAGAUGCAGAGCCAGCUGGAGGACUACGAGCAGCUGCUGGAUGUCAAGCUGGCCUUGGACAUGGAGAUCAACGCCUACCGCAAGAUGCUGGAGGGAGAGGAGCAGAGACUCCACCUCUCCCCGAGCCCCUCCCAGCAUGGUGCCGUGGCACGCACACACGCACAUGGCGCCCGCCGAGUUGUCCGCGGGAAGAAACGCAAGAACGAAGGUGGCACGGGGUCCUCGCCAGCCUACAAGGUCUCACAGCACGCCAAGGCCCACAGUCACAUGAUGGUGUCGGAGAUAGACCUGAAGGGGAACUACGUCAUGCUGAAGAACAACUCUGAGAAGGAGCAGCCACUAGGGGCUGGGUGGUGA